UAAAAUGCUACAUAUUCAGCGCUUUACGAAUCAGUCAGAAUUUGCUUAUUUUCAUUGAAAGUUUUGUUAUUCUUCGCUCUCUGGCUUGAGUUCUGCCACUCACGUGAUGUCUUAGCUCAAGUCGCCUAUCAUGCAACGUAAAUUUCACAUUGUGCACAAGGAAAAAAAUUCCCAAAGGUAAGUUUCGCGCUGAGGGAUGGGGAAAGUGCGGGAACGUGAUAUUGUUAACAUGCUGAAAUCGAAUACCUGUGUCUGCCUUAUCUUGCGAUAAGCCAAACUGACAGCUAGCGCAGACUAAAAACGCGUUUCUUAUACAGUACGCGAACAAGUGUUCAGCACCACUGACCGAAUCUGUGCAGGAAAAGGCGCGCAAGGAAAAAAUUUAGGAAUAUCCCCGCCAUGAUUAGGAUGUUGUUUGCCACGCUGUUGAUAACGAUAAUAACAGCGAACUUCCACGUAGUUUUUAGUAAUAUGAAUAGCUCAACAGAAAAACCAGAAGACUCGACGACCGAAUGCUACAAUUGUGUCUCUGAGGAGGGGAACUGCCUCGUCAAUCUACAGGAAUGCGUGCUUGGCUGGUGUUCCAAGACGGUGAAAAACAACAAAGUGGUGAAAACGUGCGCCAGUCAGCGGAUUUGCGAGGACCAAACCAACGCAUGCGCAGCACAGGGCUGUGAAAACUUUUGCUGUGACAGCGAUAAGUGCAAUGGGGUGACCACCACGGGGAUUCCAGCAUAUGCGAUUCUCUUUGGAGUUGCUGCGGUUUUUGUCUACAUGGUAUAACUAUUUUAUUUAAAUGGCGGGUUUACUAUUUUAUAGCUUUUUACAAGAAAUACAGUAUAAAAAACUUGUUCAAUUCGAGUAAAGAUUCAGACUAUUUUAUUAAAUUUGCCAUCCAUAAUUA